AUGAUAAGAAAUUUAAUUUCAAAUCAAUUUAAAUCAGUUUUAAAUGAAAUUAAAAUUGGAUCUCCAAAUUUUUUAAUUAAAAGUAAUAAUAAUAAUAAUAAUAAUUAUGCUCAUACUUUAUCAAAUUAUUAUAUAAAAUCAUGUUUUUCAACAAGAAUACUUAGUGAUAAACAAAAAUCCAAAAUUAGAAAUGAAAAGAAAUUAAAAAGGGAAAAAUUAAAAUUUGAAUAUAAUAUUCCAACUCAAGAGAAUAACAAUCAAAAUAAUCAAAAUAAUGAAAAUAAUCAAAAUAAUGAAAAUAAUAAUAAUUUUUCAUUUAGUGAUCUUAUAAAUGGUGGUAAACCAAUGUCAUCAGAAGAUAUUAAAAAUAAACUUAAUAUUAUGACAGAUAGUAAAUCAACAGACUCAAUGGAUAGAAAGUAUUUAAAAGAAGUUAAUUCAAUUAGUGAAUUAAAAUUAGAGAGACUUGUUUUAGAAUUAAAGAAUAUUCCAAAAGCCUUCUUUAGAAAUAAACAAAAUCAUUUAAUGUAUAUUAAAUAUUUAACAACAGUUACCAAAGGUAUAAUAUUCACCAAUAUGGCAACAUGGUAUAAAUUUAGAAGAAUUGAUUUCACCAAUAAUUACGGUACUGAAUUAUUAAAAUUAUAUGGUGAUGAUCAUAUUCAAGCAUUGAUUUCAAUAUUCCCAUCUUAUAAAUGGCAAUUAUGGAAAUUUCCAACUUUAAAUCCAUCAUUUUGGAGUAAUGAUAAAAAUGCAAUUUCAUAUCUAACUUGGUUCAUUAAUAAAACAAAAGGUGAUUCAAAGAAAUUAUCAAGUUGUUAUGGUAUUACCAAAAAACAUUUCACUCAAAACUAUGGUCAUCAUUUAUUAAAAAUUAAUCAAGAUUCAUUACCACAUGUUUUUUUAAGAUAUUUCCCAGAUUAUGAUUGGAAAGUAUGGUUAUUUGAUUCACAUCCAGAAGGAUAUUUAAAAAAAUAUUUUUCAGAGAAAAAGAAUGUUAAAAAUUAUUUAUUGUGGUUAGGAUUUAAAAUCUUGGGUUAUAAAAGUUAUGAAGAUUUUUAUAAAUUAGGAUUGGGUGAUUUAAAAAGAAAUUAUGGUUUAAUUGCUAUUUCAAAUAGCAAGUAUAAAUCAUCAAUUCAAAAGUUUGUUUCAUCAACUUUAGAUGAAGAAUUUAAAUGGGAAAUAUGGAGAUUCAGAGUAAUUCCAAGACAUCGUAGAAACUUUGGAAUCUUAAAUGAAUACAUUAAUCAUUUAUAUAAAUUAUUAAAUUGUUCAACACCAGAAGAAUUAAUUCAAAUAGUUGAUUCUAAAUUAAAUGAAGAUCCAACUACUGAUAUAAUUAAAAUUACAGGUGGUAAAGAUAUUUUAAAUGAAUUUGGUGGUUCACUUAAAUCAUCUUUUGAAAAAAUAGAGAAUAAAGAAAGACAAGAAGAAGAAGAAGAAGAAGAAGAAGAAGAAGAAGAAGAUGAUGAUGAAAAAGAUUAUGAAUUUGAUGAUCUCUUUGAAAUUGAUCAAAAAGAUGAACAUAUCAAAGAAUAUGAAAAAGAUUUAAAGGAUGAAUCAUCAUCUUCACCAUAUAAAACUGAUAAGUUGUACUUUAAACCAAAAAAAACAACAAAUACAAAAUAUAAUAAAAAAAAAUAA